GCCAGCAAACUGAUGGAAGUUGGGGCAGAGCGGCUGAAGACCUUCCAGAAGGUUGAGCGGUCGCUCACAGAGAAAGCCAAGGCGUUGAAGCAGCUGUGCGCGCAAGCGGCUGCGACUGCGGCGAGGUACAAUGUGGCUGAGCCUGAGAUCUUGAUCAAGGGCCGCUCAGUGAUGGAUCGUGUGAUGGUCACAGUUUUGGAAGCUCUCCUUUUGAGGGCGCUGAGCAUUGAAGAUGGCAAGCAAAGCAAGCAAGAAGUCCGCUUGCAAAUGCAACGGAUGACUGACCAGAAGGUUGGUGCAGUGUGCAGUCCUUUGCUUCAGGCAUGCCAAAAGGCCAUGAAUGCCUAG